AUGUUUUACAAUACGAAAAAUUUAUUAAAGGAUAUUUGCAAAUAUAUGUAUUUCGCUGGCACUGGAAAUUAUUGGUAUAAAAAUAAAUACAAUGAAACAAUACAGUAUAAGUUGUAUACUGUAGUCUCUUUUUCUAUUUAUACUACAAUGAUUUUUCUUGAAAAUCUCGCAGCGUUGUUCGGUAACUUUCCAGAAGUGGAAAAGAAUUCGGCCAACAUGUUUUUCGCUAUACACAAUAUUGUACUAACAAAAAUGGCUCUUUUAUUGUAUCAUAAAAAAUCUAUAAGGAAAUUAAACUUUGAAAUGGCCUCUGUCGGUAAGAAAUUCGAAGAAAAACAUUACAUGAGAAGACAGGAGUUGAAAGUAAAAAUUGGAAUUAUGUCAUAUGUAAUAUCAGUGUAUUUAUCGUUGUCAGCGUACGGCGUUGCGAGCGCAAGGAGAGUGCUUGUAGAAGGUGCGCCAUUUUACACUGUUGUCACUUACUUACCUUAUUAUGAAGAUAAUACAAGCGUUGCAUCAUUUUUCCGCGUAUUUUUCUAUAUUACUUGGUUGUAUAUGAUGUUACCGAUGAUGUCUGCUGACUGUCUGCCUAUCACCCAUCUGAUCAUUAUGGCAUAUAAAUUUAUCACACUGUGUCAUCACUACGAACGAAUAAGAGAGGAAUUUGACCAUGAUAUAUUGACAAUGGAUAAAAAAAUGGCGGUAAAGAAGCUAAAAGCUGGUUGCUUAGAGGGAAUAUUAAUACACCAAAAACUGUUAUAUUUUGCAGACGAAAUAAAUCGUGUUUUCGGAAUAAUAAUGUCACUCCAAGUUUGCGAAAGUUCUGCUGUUGCGGUUUUACUUUUGUUACGUUUAGCGCUAUCACCUCACAUGGAUUUAAUAAAUGCUUUUAUGACCUAUACUUUCGUCGGAUCUUUGUUUUUGUUACUGGCGCUUAAUCUUUGGAAUGCUGGGGAAGUAACUUAUCAGGCAUCAUUAUUAUCGAAUUCAAUUUUCUACUGCGGAUGGCACCUUUGCAAGUUAGAAGACUCCAGUCGUGAUAUCCGACGGCUCGUGUUAAUAAGCUGCGCGCAGGCACAGAAGCCUUUAAUACUCAAGGCGUUUGGCAUACAAGAUUUGUCAUAUGAAACUUUUGUCUCGGUUGCAAGAAUGACUUAUUCUAUUUUUGCAGUAUUUUAUCAAAGGGGCGGAUAA